UGCCACAGUCUAAAUUUCUUCAAGUUGAAGGAAAUGGCCGAAGCACACUUACGAGACGAACAUGGCAACCCUAUCCAACUCAUUGACCAAUACGGUAACCCUGUUAAGUUAACCGACAAGAACGGCCAACCCGUCCACCUCACAGGUGUUGCAACCACCACUCCUACUCCUUCCCCUGGCACAGCAGGGACCAAUACCACUGCCACUGGGUCUAUAUUUGGAACCUACGGUGGCGUUGCAUACGGUGGUGGUGCAACCACUGGCACAGCUAGCACUUUUGGGCCUGACAAAACCACGGUGGCUGAUCUAUUGGCUACCGAGCGAAGGACUGAGAUGCCUGUGCAUGACCCAACUAGGCUCCAUGAGAGAGAGACUGGAGAGCUUCGUCGCUCCAGCAGUUCAAGCUCUAGCUCGUCUGAGGAUGACGGGCAAGGUGGGAGGAGAAAGAAGAAGAAGGGACUGAAGUAUAAAAUAAAAGAGAAACUACCUGGGGUUGGAGGAGUGGGGAAGGAGCAUUCACAGUCAACCACCACCACUACUACUACAACGGCUGCAACUACUGGUGCUCACCACCAACCUGAGCAUGAGAAGAAGAGUAUUAUGGAGAAGAUCAAAGAAAAAUUGCCUGGCCACCACACCCACUGAACCUUUCUCUCUAUGACCUCUGUCCGUCCGUGUCUUG